AUGGCGUCGGCAACAGUUCUAACAGCGCAGCCCAUCUCCCUCGACCGGCUUCGAGUAAGCGAUUCUACAGAAGGAGUCGCCCAGGCCGCCGAAGACGACAAUGCGUCUCCUCAGGACGUUCGACCGCGGUGGUCGGAUCGAAUCCUAGCUCAAGGUCCCUGGGAUCAGACAGUGACCCAAGGCAUGCUCAAAGGAGCACCCAGCCUGCCGAUGCCAGUCGAGAUUAGCGAUGCAGGCUCUCUUACGCCUUUCUUCAAUCAUCUAAAAAAUGAUGGCAGUUAUGAGACCGCGUCUGAUGCUAAAGGCGAGAGCCAACCGGCAGCCGAGCCCUACCACAGCGUUCCGACCUUGGAGUUUAAUAAGGGAGUACUGUACGAAGACGGUCGGAUGGACCUGUGCAAGAUGGCUCUUGGUCCGCCGAAUAUCUGGACGCUGAUGCACAGUCUGCGCUCCAACACGUUUGUGCAGCAUUUUUUGCUGGGGAAUAACAUCAUCGGCCCAGCUGGAGCACAGGCAAUUGCAGACUUCGUACAGGAAUUCCCCAACCGUAUUGAUACUUGGUAUCUAGCGGGAAAUUGCAUCGACGGAGCAUCGUUUGCACUCUUGACAGAUGCACUGGUCAAGUCGCCCGCUGUGACAAAUAUCUGGCUUAAGAGGAAUCCUCUCGGUCCAGAGUCGGUGGAUUCCCUCUUCCGCCUCAUUACCCACACUCCAAACCUCCGGACACUGGAUCUGGAUCAGACAGAGCUUGGCGAUGCAGGCGUCGCUGCUCUGUUUACUCGAUUGGCGGAAUACAUUCCUGCAACGCCGUUGUCAAUGAGAAUCCUGUACCUGUCCGCGACUGGGAUAUCAACAGCGGCCUGUGAGGCGAUUUCCAGGUAUCUGGCCUCUCCGCAUUGCCCUAUUACCUCUUUGUAUAUGUCCAGCAAUCCGAUCGGCGAUGCAGGGGCAAAAGUGCUUGCCAAAGGACUGCAACAGAAUAAGACACUGCAACGUCUUUCGCUGCAAUCAGUUGGCCUUACUGACGAGGGGGCGACGGCAUUGGUUUCAUCCCUGCAAGGCCAUCCUGCAUUGGAGACUCUCGAUAUCAGUCCGUCCUAUUCCACGCAGGACUUGAAUGCGAGGUUCAAUUACCUAUCCGCGGAAUGCACAAUCAGCGCCCUCUGCUCCCUUGUGACUUCGUCGACCCCUCUCUCCUACCUCGGCCUCGGCCCCCAGCCAUUUUGCACCACGACCGCCUUGCCUCUGAUGGCUGCUGUGCAAGAGUCCAAAACGAUCAUGUAUCUCUCCCUCAAGCCGCUCAUCCCGUCGCGGUCCACCCCGAAAGACAAUGCGCGGUUUGGUAGUGCAUCCAAGGCGCUGCGAGCGCAUACCCUGAGCAACAUCCGCGCGCACUACGGCAAGCCGACCAUGACUCAUCUAGAGUGGGAGGCUGACCUCAAACGGUGGUGUGUUAGCGACCAGGUCAGCGUGCGGAAAAUUGACAGCGUCUACCGCAAUCGAGCGGCGCAAAAGGCGCGCAGGGGCGAGGAAGUUUUGCGGAAAUGGUGGGCCGACGAGGAGAGGGGCGUUCUGGAGGGCGUGAUGAAGGCGUAAUCGCAAGAAUACCGCAUUGUCGGAUAUGUUAAGAUAUCAUGUCGGAUGGCCAUGAUUGGCGGCUAGAAUCGAUCCCCUUGUCAACCUAUAUCGACACAAGCUAUUGACUUGACAAGAUGACAGCUCAGGGGACUGCAUGGACAUGUCACCUUGCAUUCAACCAUUUACUCAAUUUCUCCAGACAUGCAUCUAUUCGUUGCAGAUGAUCUCUGCACACUUUGUUGGCAAGGCUGGACUUUGGCCUCAACUAAGUGGAUCCUCGCCGCAGACGUUCCAUUUAAAUACAAAUGACACUGAAUGAAUGAAUGCGUGAUCGAGCUCUGGGUUGGCUCCAUAAUGAUAAGCGACGUCCGGUCGGUAAGUGUGGAUAAGAAUUAUAGAAUCAGACUCGGCAUUUCAAUCGAUAUUUUAUAAAAGUUUCUCUCCAGGG